GUUUUUGUUAUGUCUUCCUCCGCCCCUUCUUCCUCCGGUGGCGGACGACGGCGGAGAGGUGGUGGUGAUUUUGAUGGUCCAUCUUCAUCCCGCCGCCGUGGGGCCAAUGAGAUUUGGCCUGAGCCAUUUAUUGAAGCACUCGCCACUCAAGUCGCCAUUGAUGCUUCUCGCUCUCUUGGUCGUAUCCAUGCUGCUGCUGCUCUUUCUAAUGUUUUCCAGGUAUGUUCCACGUGGCGAGCGGUGUCUCGCUCUGAGCUACUGUGGCAUCGUUUGACUACUCGUAUAUGGGGUCGGACCUAUCGUCUACUCGACACGUGGCGAGAUGAAUACGUAUACUGGCACAACAUUGCUCGCAAUUUUCGCACAGGUAGAUCUCUCCAUACUGUCCUCCGAUACGACCAAUCAGACGUAGAUGAACCUGAUGGUUUGAUGUGUCGUUGCCUUGCCAUCUCCUUACGCCACUUGGCAUGCGGAUUUGCUGAUGGUACUGUCCGCCUAUUCGACCUUGCUACGCGGUUGCAUAUCACGACGUUCCGCCCUCACCACCGUGAUCGUCUUGGCCAGUUCUCGCGUGCUGUCUCUGGUAUUGUUAUCAUUGCGGAUGCUCGUCUCGUUUUUGCAAGCAUUGAUGGUGAUAUCCACGUUGGGAUCAUUGCCCCCAACCCUGCUGCUAUUUCCCCCACUCGUCGAGUCCACGAGGGUAAUGUGAUGAAUGACGGCGUGUUGGUUGACUUUGCCGGGUGUGAUAGAUGGUGGGUUGGACUGUAUGCAGGUGUACCUGGUCGUGCAAUCCACAUAUGGGACGGAAACAGUGAAGAACUCGUGUUCGUAGGGGGGUCGUUGACUGACCCAGAAUCUGUAACAGGGUGGCACAUGUUGGCGGAGCUAACAGAGCAGGUUGGUAGGGUACGAGUGUCGAAUCAAGAAUCGGCAGUAGCAUGCACUAGCCUUCAACUCAUGGUUUUGGACUUAAGAAAUCAAGAGGUGGUAUUAAACGAGGAGGAAAAUGGGGUGGUACGGAUAGUAACAUCAAUGGAUGUAAGCAAUGAGACUUACAUAGUGGUGGACGGACAUGGGAUGGCCAUUGUACGACGAGUGGACACAAUGGAAGAAGUGUGCACGUUCACAGUAAGAGGGGCAGCUCACAGAGGGGUUGUGGGAUGCAUCAACAUGGGUUUUGCUGUGAUGAGUUCUGGUGGAACGAUUAGAGUUUGGGACAUAGAACAUGGCCAAUAUCUGUGCAGGUUUAGAGAGAGGAUUGGGGCUGCCAAUGCCAUUGUUGCCAAUGAUCGAUAUGUGGCUGCCUCCGCGUUUGACACAACAUUACAUUUGUGGGAUUUUGGUGCAUAACUAAAACAAUGUAGAAGAAAGAAGAUUGGUUGGGGGGGGGGGGGGGGGAUGUGUUGUACAGUUUGGAAAAGGUUGGUUUUUGUGGGAGUGGAUGAGGGUUCCAUUGAUAGUUAUUCCAUUUUAUUGGGUACUUGACAGGAAAGGGUUGGAGUGUAGAAGGGGGAUUAGGUUUAAUAGGAGAUUUAAAUUAUGUUUUUUUUUCUUUGCCAUUUUCUGUCGGGGGAGAAGGAAAUAGUAAUCUGAUUCAUUGUUUUGAAGAACGUAUUUUCAUUUAAAUUCCAGGGGGAAUGAAAUUAUUAAUUGAAGGAGUUUAGGAA